CGUUAAGAUAAGGAAUAAAAUGGCAAUAGAUUUCGACAGACAAAACUUGACCUAAUCUAGCAAGGACAAUAUGGCACUCAGAUUUCCUUUCCUACUGUGUUUGGUGGUUUCGACAGAGUUUGUUGUAAUAAAAACACAAGAAGCAACUGGACCAAUUUGUUAUUCAUGUGUACGGACGGACAACCCCGAAGACUGCAGACAAUCAGUAACUUGUACAAGCAACCAGGUUUGUAGUGUACAAGAGGUGAUAGCUCCGCAUGGUGACUUCUAUUUCUGGUCAGGCUGUGAAGAUAUAGGGGUCUGCGAGGAUCUAUCGUACACAGGCACGCUGAAUCAAAUCAUUGGAAGACGACAGACGUCCAGUCAAGAGUCAAGAUGCUCGUAUUGUUGCGACGGUGACAUGUGCAAUCGGAACUGCACGUCAUUUGUGAACCUUGCCCUUCAUAAGCCUGCUUACCAGAGUUCAGUGGACUAUAAUGGUCCAGCCAAUCUUGCAGUGGACGGCAACAAGACCAAAAACUACUACAAGGGUUCCUGCACACAUACUAAAAUGAACAUUAUCCGUGGUGGGCAGUGGAUCUUCAAAAUGACUAUAGGAUUACUAAAGUCAAACUGUAUGAAAGAGAUGAUGCUGGCGGUGAUGGUCGUUCAUUUCACCUCAAAAUUCUGGUCAGCACAGUCAACGCCACAAAGUUAGACAGAAGUUCAUCUUUGUUCACACAGUGUGGUUAUUACUACGGUCAUUCAAGCGACGGGAACGCCAUUAUCAUAGACUGUCCCCAAAACACACACGGACGCUGGGUCCGUGUUCAGCAGAGCGAUCUUCACUAUGAAUUUCUACAUCUUUGUGAAGUUGAAGUAUUUGGAUUUUAGAUUAUGCAUUUGUGAGAUCAUUUAACGUUUCAAGAAACUGCAAUAUGAGAACUU